AUGAGCUUUUUCUGGCUUCUCUUCAAGGGUGUAUUAAAGAACAGGUGGUCUAUUCUCUACCUCUUGCUUAGUUUAAGCGAAGAUCCACGCAAACAGCCAAGCAAGGUUUCCAGCUAUCCAUCUUUGUUUGCUCAGGCUUUGCCACGUGAUGCACACUCUACACCGUAUUACUAUGCCAGGCCACAGAGCCUACAGUUAAACUACCAGGAUCGUAGUAUACCAUCUGCACAAAAUACUGCCAAUUUGGGAAGCAGUGGAAUAGGCAGCUUAGGGAUGUAUUCCUUAAAUGGGCCAACUCCUACACCACAGUCAUUUGUUCCAGGAUACUCGGAAAUCCUGGAAAGCAUUAAGGGUAAAUCUGAGUGUCAUGAUUGUAAAAGUGGUACUGAAAGCCAUGGGAUUCUACAGCCUUAUCAAACACAAAUGGGAGAUGCUCUACGCCAGCAGUUGGGCACACGUCUUGCAUGGACCUUGGCAACUGGUCAACAACCAACAUUGCAGAAUGCUACCUCGAAAGCAAUUCCUAAUACAGUUGCCCGUGGUGUGCCAAGAACAAGAAGAGAGGGCGACACAGGCGGGUCUGUGGAAAUAACAGAAAGCUCUCUUGUUAGAGACAUUUUGUAUGUGUUUCAAGGGAUUGAUGGGAAGUGUAUCAAAAUGUGCAAUUCUGAAAACUGCUAUAAGGUGGACAGCAAGGUUGCACUUUCUAAAUCUUUAAAAGAUACUACUGUCAGACUUGCAGAAUUAGGAUGGCUUCAUAAUAAAGUAAGAAAAUAUACAGAUCAGAGGAGCCUAGAUCGAGCAUUUGGACUUGUUGGACAGAGUUUUUGUGCUGCUUUGCAUCAGGAAUUAAAGGAAUAUUACCGGCUUCUUUCUGUUCUACAUUCUCAGUUGCAGGUUGAAGAUGACCAAGGUGUAAAUUUAGGGCUUGAAACUAGCUUAACCCUUAGACGUCUGCUAGUGUGGACCUAUGAUCCCAAGAUUAGAUUAAAAACUCUUGCAGCACUUGUUGAUCACUGUCAAGGAAGAAAAGGAGGGGAGCUGGCGUCUGCAGUCCAUGCAUACACUAAAUCAGGUGAUCCGUAUAUGCGAUCUUUGGUGCAACACAUUCUUGGUUUAGUUUCUCACCCCAUUAUGAAUUUCCUUUACCGCUGGAUAUAUGAUGGAGAGUUGGAGGAUACUUACCAUGAGUUUUUUGUAGCUUCAGACCCUACGGUAAAAACAGACAGACUUUGGCAUGACAAAUAUAGUCUAAGGAAAUCUAUGAUUCCAUCUUUCAUCACUAUGGAUCAAUCUAGAAAGGUUCUUUUGAUUGGGAAAUCCAUUAACUUUCUACAUCAGGUGUGCCAUGAUCAAACUCCCACUGCGAAGAUGAUGGCAGUAACAAAAACAGCUGAGUCCCCCAAAGAUGCCGCAGACCUAUUCACAGAUUUGGAGAAUGCGUUCCAGACUAAAAUUGAUGCUGCAUAUUUUGAAACUAGCAAAUAUCUGCUGGAUGUCCUUAACAAGAACUACAAUCUGCUCGAGCACUUACAGGCCAUGAGGCGCUAUCUCCUGCUGGGACAGGGAGAUUUUAUACGCCAUCUUAUGGAUUUGCUUAAACCAGAGCUUGUACGUCCAGCAACAACAUUGUACCAACAUAAUCUUACAGGGAUACUUGAAACUGCAGUGAGAGCAACCAAUGCUCAGUUUGACAAUCCUGAGAUUCUUAAACGCUUAGACGUCAGGCUUUUAGAGGUAUCGCCUGGAGACACUGGAUGGGAUGUAUUUAGUUUAGAUUAUCAUGUGGACGGACCAAUUGCCACAGUAUUUACCAGAGAGUGUAUGAGUCACUAUCUCCGAGUGUUCAACUUUCUGUGGCGUGCGAAGAGGAUGGAAUACAUUCUAACAGACAUAUGGAAAGGGCAUAUGUGCAAUGCAAAGCUACUGAAAAGUAUGCCAGAGCUAUCUGGGGUGCUUCACCAGUGUCAUAUCUUGGCUUCAGAAAUGGUCCAUUUCAUUCAUCAGAUGCAGUAUUACAUCACAUUUGAGGUUUUGGAAUGUUCCUGGGAUGAGUUAUGGAAUAAAGUACAACAAGCACAGGACUUGGAUCACAUCAUUGCUGCUCAUGAAGUGUUUUUAGAUACUAUAAUUUCUCGUUGUCUUCUUGAUAGUGAAUCAAGGGUGCUGCUAAAUCAACUUCGUGCUGUAUUUGACCAGAUAAUAGAAUUCCAAAAUGCUCAGGAAACUAUGUACAGGGCUGCUCUGGAGGAGUUACAGAGAAGACUACAGUUUGAGGAAAGGAAAAAACAGCGGGAAUCUGAGGGUGAAUGGGGAGUCACAGCUGAAGAGGAGGAUAAAGAAAACCAAAGGGUUUUGGAAUUCCAAGAAUCCAUACCAAAAAUGCGUUCACAAUUGCGAAUUCUUACUCACUUUUAUCAGAAAACGAAACAGCAGGUGUCUAUGGGGACUAGAGAUCAAACCAUCGACAACCCCCAACAAGCAUACCACAGGGUCAAGGAUAAAUGGGAAUUCCAAGUGGGCAUCCAAAAACCCCAUCACCUCCCUCCAAAAGACGGCAAGAACAGGGCAUUCCCACACCGCAUGCAAGAAAGAGCCAACCUCCGAGGAGCAUCUAAAGCACAGGUCCGACAGACAGUCCCAUAUGCUUAA